AUGAAGAACUCCACAGCGGCCAAGGGUGGGGACGGCCUGGCCGGGUUGCCCCUCGUUGUGGCCAUCCCAGCCAGUUUUAUUUUGCUGUUUGUUUUCGUUAGCAGUGGAGGGCAUGAAGCCAUCAGCACCAUCAAAGAGAGGGCAUGGUAUCGCAGCGGGGAGGCAUCGUGCCCCGAUGCCGUUGGCAGCGUCUCUUCCGCCGACCUUUUCUUCAUAUGGACCGACCUGGCCAUCCCCUUCUCAAAGGAAGCAUUGAGAUCGGUCAGAUCAGCUGCCGCCCCUGCCGCAAGGCAGCGGGUCCUGCUCUUGUGCAUGACUCUCUCGUGCUACGAGAGCCGCUGUUCUCUGCCUGAAUCUGUGGACGUCAGGAUGAUCUCAGUGAGGCAGUUCUUAGGAGCCGAGGCACCCGCAGCCGAAUGGUUUCGGAACCAUACCUGGAACAAAGUCGCCUCGGGUGUAAAUUACCCCCAACUGUUCCGCCGCAUGGUCCUUCUGUCCGCCCUGUAUGAGUAUGGCGGGACGGCGGUCGAGUUUGGCGGCACUGUGCAAGGGCCGGCGCCGCCCCCAUCCGACUUGCCAUGGUGCGCAGAUGUCGACGGCCAGGCCGUCGCUUUGUAUGCGCCGCGCGGCCAUGCGGAGGUCAAGGCAGCGAUUGCCGACUUUGUGAGCGAGUUUUCGGGGCUUGCUGAGCAGCAGCAGUGGCUAGGCGCCUGCCCCUUUGCAUCGAGCGAGCCCAGCGGGUGGAUCGACUUUGACAGUGGACCGGUCCUGUUUUCCCCAAACCCCCGGCUGCACUACGGCGUCCUGUGGCAUGACCAGCUUGUGCGGUACCAGCUCUCCCAUAAGGAUGGCCCAAACUUGGGCGACGACGUGCAAAUGCUGGCUGCCGCGCAGUGGCUGCCUUACAUUGACGCUCGCGUCGAAAGGGACAACAUGCGGCUGGUGACCCCUUCCACGGCUUCGGAUGGCUCCAUCCUGCUCAUCAUGAAUGCCUUCUGGGGCUACAAACGCACCGGCACUUACUGGCCUCCUCCCGCCUUUAUCAACCCCAUCCUGGUCUCCAUGCACAUCAGCCCCUCGAUGUACAAGAACGUGACGGCAAACACCUCGGCAGCGUACUUGAAGCAGCACGGGGGGCCUUUCGGGGCACGCGACAACCAGACCCUGACCUUCCUGCGCAACAAGCUGCCGGGCGUGCCAUCCUACCUGAGUUACUGCAUGACGUCCACGCUGGAAAGCAUGGCGCGGCCGGGGGCGGUACCACAGUGCCCCGUCCUGCUGGUGGACGUUCCCAACGAGCUGCUGCCCCUGCUGCCGCCGGGCAUCAACCGGCCGGAGUGCCGGCUGAACCCCAAGGUGCACGACAAGCGCACCGGCGACGGCAUGUUCAGGGUGAAGCUCACUUUUGAGUACCUGACGCGGUACGCCGAGGCCAAGGUCAUCAUCACCACACGCCUGCACUGCGGCGUGCCGGCGGCGGGGAUGGGCGUCCCGGUGAUCCUGGUGAAGCACAAGGAUGGGGUCACCGGCCGCUUCGACGGCUUCCACCACCUGUUCCACACAGUCGACAUCUGGAAGCGGCGUGACAAAGCAAAGGCCUUCCUGCAGGCUUUCGAUUACGAGGCGCCGCCGCCCAUCCCCGCGCGGACGGGCCCCACCCCGGAGUGGAGGAAAGUGCGGUGCGCCCUGCUGGAGCACAUCUCGGCGCACCACCCCACGCUGCUCGACGCCAUCUAUGCGCAGUCGCUCACCCCGGCCUUUGAGCGCUGCGAGGCGUUCCGGCAGUACCAGCUCAGCGGCAGGGGCCUGCUGACCUGA